AUUUAGCAGACACCCUUAUCCAGAUCAAGUUGCAUUUUAUCUCAUUUUAUACAACUGAGCAGGUGAGGGUUAAUAGCAGGUUGGUAGUGCUGGGAUUUGAACUCACAACCUUCCAAUCAGGAGUCCACUGUCUUAACCAUUGCCCUAAACCUUAUAACCGUAAGCUUAUAGUCUCUGUUUGAAUGAUCCAGGCUGGUAGGCUAAAUGUCAGUGAUUGAUAUCAAGUUCAGUGCAUGCAUUUAUCCUACAGUCACCCUAAUAAAAUUAAACUCUUUUUCUUCCACCAUUGUUUCAUCAAUUUGCUCACCUUCCAGUUCCUACCCACCAGCCAGCUAAUGUUCUUAAUCCAAGGCAUGUGAAGCUAACCAACCUCAUACUGUACAUCACAUGCAGCAUACCUUGCACAGAGGAAAGCACUAUCUGCCCUCUUCUACAUACAUGAGCUCAGGCUAGUGUCUCUGUGAUUGACAGCAGAGAGAGAGAGAGAGAGAGAGAGAGAAUGAAACUCCUCCCACCCAGAAAGCAUGGCCAGUUUUGUUCUCUAGUCUCCCACCCACAGAUGGCUUUGUCCUUGUAGGGAUUCGAAAAUCUUCCAAAGAUAGGACGAAUGCUUUUCUGUUGUGCUGCUCAGGAGCCAAACAAUUUAGUUGUACUGUAAUGUAAACUGUACUGUAAUGUAUAUGAGUAACAAAUAAUGGCUUCUUCUAUUUCUUUAUUUUCAGCUCAGUUUGUUAUCUAAAAUUGUUUCCCAACCCCUGCCAUACUGGUUUGAUCAGUAAUUCUACUGAUAAUAAUAUCAUGUCUUUCCUCAAAUAGUACAUAAUCGAAUCCUGAGAUAAAGUCUGUCCCAUUCACAGGCAUUAUAAGGAAAUAUUAGUAUCUAAUGUCUACAGUUGAGUUUAAGAAGCCUUUAUUAAUAAAAAUAUAUAUAUUGUUGUGGAUAAUAAGCUUGAAGAAGCUGCUUUCAUUUUGCAUAAAUUUUAAUUGUUUUCCCCCCUUUUCUUUGCUUUACAUGGUACUGAAACAAGAGUCAUGCUAUUAACCACUAACACAACACCCCCCCAAAUAGCAUGAAAAAAAAACAUGCUGUUUUUGUCGACAAAGCAUCUUUCUCCUCUUUCCCAUCUGAAGGGAAGUGAAUUCAGUAAGCCCCCAGGCUCUCAGACCAUACUCACAGUUAGGUGAAUGUGCUCAUGUCAUCAAAUGUUUAAAGCUGUUGUCUCUGCAUCUUUAGAUGAAAUUGAAAUGCAGCUAAUUAACACAUUUAGCACUGGACUGUUCCUCUAGGCAAUCUAAUGUUCUAAUGCUUCACUCAUUACUCCGAAUGCUAAUGGACAAUCCUAUAAAUGAUUAAGUAAUCAUUAAGCCUUUUUCUUCAUUUAAUAGUUACAAAAAGUCUGAAUUCAGGCUGAAGAUCAGGUUUUAUUCAACUGGUGAUACAUAAUUUAAUACUACCUUUGACUCUCUUAACAAUUAGCAUUGAUAUUGACUGCAUGAGUAGGCUAUACUGCUUUAAGUGUUUUCAUUCCUGCUGCUUUUAGUACAAAAGAACACAGCAUUCUGGGCUCAGAUGAUUAAAGAAUGUUUUAAUAGAGUUUUGAUAGAUAGUUGAUAUAAUUCAAACGGUUCUUGGCAGUGCACUCGCGCAGGAGCGUCUGUAUUUGCGCCGGAUUACGGUGAGGUUGAAACAGAAGAAUAGAGUCGGCCAUCUUCUCUCCUCCCCCUCAGCAUUAAGCACAAACUAAAUUUAUGACAAAACAGGAUGUGACAUCCCGCUUUCUGAUGAGUUACACCAUCUUAUUCCAGACAGACAUUUAUCCAGACACAGCGCUUUGUAUGGGUGCUGGGAAAUUGGAUUUUUAUUAUUUACACAACGUGAGAGACUAGAGACUGGUUGUGUUUAUGAUGCGCUGAUUUAUGGCCAGAUACACCAUUUUACAUAAUUAAGUUGUUAGGGAGCUGACAUCAGGAUGCAUUGAAUGCAUGUGUAUUUUGUAACUUAAUUUCACUUCAAUACAGAAACAUUAGUGAUUUUUAUAAAAUAUUCAUAUAUGUUCAAGUACUAUAAACGUACUGUGCAUGCAUUACUGCAUGUGUAAUACUAAAUUGGGAUUUAAUUCAGAACAGACAUGAAUUUUUCAUUAUAAGUCAUAUAUUUGAUGCAGUUCGCUUUAGAACAUAAGCAGCUAGAACUGAAAUUGCACUGAGUUUUAUUAAGACACGCUUGGCAAGGUGGUGAGAGAAGCUAAACAGCUGUACUCAGCCAGUGACUCUGCUUCUGUCUGUUAAGGGCUCAGACAGAUCACAAACUUGAAACCUAAAGCCCCCCACUAUGCUAAGGACUUGCUUCUGGCCAACAGCCUGAAUGAGUUUUAAUGUCUCAUUGAAAGACAAUGGGACAGUCCUGACACCAUCCCCUGCAACACCAGCCAUCAGCUUCAUCUACAGCCUACCAGCUUCACCACAAUAGGAAACAUUCUAGAGAACGAGUGUUUAUACCUGCUGUAAUAUCUAACAGGCCCAGAGGAUCAAGAGAACGUUUGUAGUAAACAUCCGUCAUGCAAAAGCAGGCAGGGACGACCCCAUCUUCUAGUGCCCCCGGAUCUCCAGCCACUUCCAUUGUGGCCAGAAUGGAUAAUCAGGUGAUCGGAUAUAAGGAUUUAGCAGCAAUUCCUAAAGACAAAGCCAUCCUGGAGGUGGAGAGGCCUGACCUGAUGGUGUAUGAACCUCAUUUCAACAUGUCAUCUUUGGAUCGUGUCAGUCUGUCCAGGAGCAGAGAAAGAUCAAUGUCGCCUCAUUCCAUCUCUCCUCCGCCUUCCCCAGAGAUAUUCGACUCUAAAGAAAAGGAGUGGGUGGAACAUGACUCACCUGGCACAUCCUCCAUGGGCUCAACCGUGCAGCAUCGCAAAACAAGCACCUCAUCCAGAGGCCCCUUACAGCACUUCCACAGACCAGACAACGGAACCAACAUCUACAACAAGCCUCCCAUUUACAAGCAUGAAGGAUCAGCAGCAUCCCAUAAUAAGCAUAAAGAUGAGGUCAUCAUCUUGUCCUCUAAGUUCCCAGCAGCCCAGCCUCCUGAUCCCAGCCAGCCGUCCAAAAUAGAGACGGAGUACUGGCCCUGUCCUCCAUCACUGGCUAGCAUGGAGAUUGAAUGGAGGAGGAAGGCAGCAGAACAGGGCAAAGCUGUCGAGGACGAUGAAUUUGAGGACCUGACUGAGGAUGCAAAGAGGCUGCAGGAGCAGGAACUUAACAAAAUCCAGUCCAACCUGGGUAAGCUGAUCCUGAAGGAGGAAAUAGAGAAAUCAGUGAACAUCCGGAGGAAAACACGCUCACUGCCUGACAGGACACACAUGCACUUGGCCAGUGGUGCAUCUAAAUCCGCCACUCUACCUCCCUGCAGUCGCUCCGUCCUUGCUCGGCUGCAGUCUGCUGAAUUCGUCUCCACAGACAGUGAAAAAGCCACAACAGGACUGCAGAACGGAGACACUCAGAGAGGGAGAAUGGAUCGAGGAAACUCACUGCCUAGCAUGCUGGAGCAGAAGGUUUUUCCAUAUGAAAUGCUCAUUGUAACCCACAGAGGGCGCUGUAAGCUUCCACCUGGAGUAGACAGAACCAGACUAGAGAGACAUCUCUCUCCUGAAGAGUUCCAGAAUCUAUUCGGGAUGCCGAUGGCAGAAUUUGAUCGUCUGUCACUGUGGAAAAGAAAUGAACUGAAGAAAAAAGUCUCGCUUUUCUAACACAAAGGAUCUGCCUAUGGACAAAAGCAUUCUCUGAUACUAACACAACUCACACGUUUCAGGAUAAGUAAAUCAAUAAUCCACUGUUAACUCCAACACAUAUCAUGUGGCUUGUGUAUGUCUCUUAUAGACUUGUGCUCUCUUUGUGCAGUGAGUCAAAAUACAAACUUAACAUAUCCGUAUGUUAUAAAGCAGAGGUCAAAGAUCACAACCCCCUCCUGAAGAUUUGCCUCCCUGUUCCAUUUUUCAUUAGCAUAGGCCCAAAUUGGUCUCAGUCUUAAAUAAUGGAUUCUUGAACAAUGCCUCUAUGCCCCUCAUGAGCUAUUGUGUGUUAGAUUUGACACGCAAGUAAACAGUUUCAGUGCUACUUGCAGCAUCCUUAUACCCUUAUAGCCUAACGACUUGCCUGAUAUAAGUGUGCAUUUAGACAAAAUGUACACACUCCACCUCAGCAGUAAGAGAAGCUGAAAUCAUUACUUCAGAGAUUUACACACGCACUUCCCCUCUGUACAGCGCCAUACUGGCUCCUGAUCUAGUUAGCAUGCUAAUUAGCUAGCAGAAUAAUAUAAUGGGGCAGCACAGUGGUGCAUCAAAGCUCCAUGGUUCAGAGUAUGAUGUUGAGCUUGGGUUAGUGUCUAUGACGAGUUUUGCAUCCGGGUUCUUCCAGUUUUCUCCAACCUCGCAAAAACAUGCUAGUAGGUAAAUUGGCGACUAUAAAUUGCCCUGGGCAUCCCACUCAGUGUUUCUGGGAUAGACUCAGCUUCCACUGUGACACUAACCAGGACAAAGUGCUUACUGAAGAUGAAUGAACAAGUGAGUAAAGGAAUGCAGUUCCACGAUUUGUUAUGUACAGAUGGAGGAGUUGGAAGAAAACAAUACGAUUUGAAUACAGACAAUCAAACGUUCGAGUUUAAGUAGAGCCAGUCUUUAUCACGUAAUCAACCCCAACAGGUGAUCAGGUCUCAUAACACCAUCCAUGUUUUGGCUAAUUACAUGCCUACUCACCAAAGAAAUCAGUAAUCUGACAGAAUACUGAUCAAAAAGUAGAAAAAUACAUUAGAAUAGGAUAAACUUGUGCACUGGGCUACUCUUUUUAUUAUUAUUAUUUUGUUCAUCCAUGUCCCCGAUUUCCCAUACAUAGCAAAAACAUCACAGCAUGUGACUUUUAACUUCCCUCUGCUCCAAAUUCCAGUGAUCAUCAGUGUGAAGACACUCUCAGAAAUAUGUUGCAGCAUGGAAGAAAAAUGUUUCAUGAUCCAUUUAUGUUGCUUUUAAAACUGAAUAUUUCCAUUUAUGAGAAGUGAGACACCUUUUGGGAUGGUAAUAUUGACUGUCUGUGUUAGGUGGCAAGAGGAGCAGUUUUAUGGCAAAGGACGAUGCCAUGUUGCUUAACUAGAUAAUGUCAGUGAUACUAGCCUGUAGUAACAGUAGCCAAUAUGUUUCCCUAACUCAUCUUGACCAAUCAGAAUGGAGCAUAGCACAGAGCCAUGUAAUACAACCCCAAUUCUGAAAUAUUUGGGACCGUAUGGAAAAUGUUAAUAAAAACAAAGAGGAUUGGUUUGUAAAUGUACUUUGACUUGUAUUUAAACAAAAAACAUGGUAUUGGACAUUUUACCUAAUCAGCUGCAUAGGUUAUUUUGAAAUUGAUACAUGUAAAACAUUCCAAAAAAGUUGGGACAGGGGCAAUUUAGGACUAAGAGCAAUGUGACAAGUUGAAAUAAGAAGGUGACGUGAAACAGGUGAGGCAAUCAUCUGAUCAUAGUAUAUAAGGUCGAGGUUCGCCAAUCUGCUAGCAGGUGCGUCAGCGAAUAAUCCAACACUUUGAGAACAAUAUUCCCCAAAGAUAAAUCGGUAGGAUUUGGGGCGUUUCACCUUCUACAGAGCACAAUAUAAUUAAAAGAUUCAAGGAAUCCGGUCAAAUCUUGGUGCAUAAAGGGCAAGGUCAAAAACCACUUAUGAAUGUGCGUAGUCUCUGAUCCCUCAGACAUCACUGUCUUAAAAACCAUCAUGAGUCCGAAAUGGAGAUCCUGACAUGAGCUCGGGAAUACUUUGGUAAACCUUUGUCAGUCGACACCAUUCGCCGCUGCAUCCACAGAUGCAAGUUAAGACUUUACUGUGCAAAGCAGAAGCCAUACAUCAACACUGUCCAGAAGCGCCGCCGACUUCUCUGGGCUCGGUCUCAUCUGAGAUGGACGGUAGCACAGUGGAAUUGUGUUUUUUAUGGUUGAAUCAAUAUUUCAAAUAGUUUUUUAAACAAACAGCCAUCGUGUUCUCCGGGCCAAAGAGGAAAAGGACCAUCCGAGCUGUUAUCAGCGUCAGGUCCAAAAGCCAGCGUCUGUCAUGGUAUGGGGGUGUGUCAGUGCCCAUGGCAUGGGUAACUUCAACAUCUGUGAAGGCACCAUUAUGCAGAAAGAUAUGUACACAUUUUGGAGCAACAUAUGCUCUCAUCCAGAUCAGGACAACACCAAACCACAUUCUGCCCAGAUUACAAGAGCGUGGUUGUGUAAGCAGAGAGUGUGGGUGCUAGCAUGGCCUGCUGCAGUCCUGACCUGUCUCCGAUUGAGAAUGUGCCCCGUACAGUGGCGCAGCUGAAGAAAUGCUUAAUGGAUGACUGGGGGAAAAUUGCUUGCUUGCUAAACUUUACCAACUGGUGUCUUCACUCAGCCUCCAAACACUUAAUAAGUGUCAUUAAAGAAAAGGUGAUGUAACACAGUGGUAAACAGUUGACUGUCCCAACUGUUUUGGAGCGUGUUCCAAUCAUCAGAUUUAAAAUGAGUGUAUAUUUUCAAAAAUAAAUUAAAAAUGCACAAAGUAAAACAUCAAAUAAUGUCUUAAUAAUGUGUUUUCAAUAUAGUACAGAGUGAACUGAAUUUUCAAAUGACUCUUUUUGUUUUCAUUUUCCACACUGUCCCAACUAUUUCGGAAUUGGGGUUGUAAUAUUAGUAUGGCCAAGAGGUGGAGAGGGGAAAGUGGACAAGCUGAGGUGGACGAGGGUGAAUUAAAAACAGAAAUGGAAUGGAGGAGGGUAAAUCUUCAGGAGUAGCUUUAGUGGCUCAUGAUUCAUGUAUAAUAUCAGCAUAUAUUGAAACAGCUCAAUAGUACUCUUACAUUCAAUCAAAGAAAUAUUAUACAAAUAUAAUUGUACAUUCAAAGACUCUAAUGUUAAGAAAACCGCUUUAAAAUCCCAGAUUAUCGCCUUAUUCCUUUUAUAUUAGUGAGAUUCUCAAAGUGCCCAGUUCAAUUUAUAACAGUCAUAUAUAUGUGUAUAUAUUUACACAACCUUAAUUUAUGAGAUAUGAUCACAAUUCCUGUUUAUUGUCACCAAAACAAAAACAAAAAACAAUUGUGCCACUGUAUAAAUAUUUAAUUUAUUAAUUAAUAUUUAUUUAUUCAUAACCAUUGAGGUCUGCUCAUAAAGUGAACCACUAAUGUAACUACAUCCUGCACAUAUAUAUUAAAACAUAUAUUUUGUAAUUCAUGAAAAUUGCAUGAUAUUAUCUGACUGCAGUUUUCAUGCCAAUCGUUUGUGUGUUUAAGCUUUUCCUUUUCAUUUCUCUUUCUCACACAAUGUAGUAACUGUAACAUCAGGGACUAAUGAUUAUUACAACACAUCAUUUUUCACGUAUUCACAUGCUAAAUAUACCAGCCUGUUUAUCUCCGAUUGAAACAUCAGGUUUAUAGGCCAUAAUCAUGAAUCAUUUUUCGGGUUCACGCUGAGUUCAAAUGCAAAACACCAAACCUCACAUCAAUAUCAAAGUAUGCAAAGAAUCGGAGGUUAAAUGUCAUGAAUUUGACUGCUGAAAAGAAAAAAAGUUUUGGUUCCUUUAACUUAAAUCUGAAGCCCUAUCCAUUCAAUCUGUAGUAAACAUAAUUUUUCACAUAUUUCCCUGUACUGAGGAAAUAAGAUCAGAAAAUAUGCUUAAAAUUGUAUAUAAAUGGAAGUCUAAGGGCAGUUGUUGAGUUUCAUGAAUAUCAACACUUAAAAAUGUAAUUACAUCAUGCAAAUUAAAAAUGACAACCAUUACACUUCAGCUAUAAUGGUCUUAGGAUGAAACAUGAAUGAAAGUUUUACGGAUUUUCUCCAACUUUAUAAGACUACAGCAAUACAGUAAAAAGUAGUAGCACUUUCUGGAAAGUUUGGUUGUAUUCAUACAGUGUUAAGCUACAAAAUUACCACAAAAAGCAUCUUAUACAGAUUUGGGGCUUUAUUACAAAUAGUUUUGCCUGAAGAGUUUGAAAAAGCAAUACAGCAAUUCUAUUAGUAAGAAAUUAAUAUAGAUUAACUGACAAUUCGGACACGGUAUGGGAAACAAAUUUGUUUAUUUUUGCGCUGUCGGCGAAAAUACUUCCCAAAGAAGCCACAUCAGGGUAGAGUGUUGCGUGUUGCCAUGCCAACGUACAGACUGACUCAUAGCCUGUAGUAAUUGUAGUAACGAUUUCAAUGUGACAAACUGUUGCUAGAAUUGAACGUUUAUGUAGUGAACACAGACAAGCAGAGUGAUACAAACAGUGAAAUGUACCAGUGCUGUUAUACUAAACAUCAGCAGCACUCAUGGAACUGUUGUAUAAUGGAAUUUAAACACAUGCCCUUAGACGUUCAUUAUAUGAAAUAAACAGGUUUUCUAUUGUUUUUUUCCUUUUCUAUUUUAACUCAAAUAAUCAAUAUUGCUGAGAUGCAAAAGAUAGAAAUUUGGUUUAAACAUACUGGAGUAUUUCUUUCUUGCCGUUUUUUUCUUCUUCUCCAAAUUAGAUUUGUGAAAUAAAACUCAAUCGCUAAUUGCAAAAAGGAAUCCGAAAUAGUGGAUUCUUAUUGCUGGAAGGCAGCAGUGACAUCACAACCAAAUGAAACUUAUGAUGCCAUGAUGAUGUGAAAAAUUGUGAGUAGGGUGUGAACAGUGGAUUCAGAUAGAUUAGUUCCUUUUGAGGAUUUUUACACAGCUAAACACAUAUGUGACUGUUUCAGGUUUAAAUAAUGAAUUCUUCAGUAAUAAGAAGAGAUAAAGGGAAUUGAAGAGAUUUCAUUUCGGUAUCCUGCUCGGUGGAUCGAAUGCCAGGUCAUAUUUCUCUCCAGUCUUGUUCAUUUUAAGCCGAUAAUUUUUGUCAGUGGCAGAAAUGUUUAGUUGUUUUCAUUGCAGUCUGAAGACACACAAAUACACACACCUAUCUGCAAGGAGAUACUGUUUAACAUUUUACCCCAAGCCUGGAAAAUUGGCCAGAACUAUAUUAUAGACUUUUGGUAAGACUUUUUCUCAUGUCGGUCUCAUCCUGAAAUCUUUUAGACUAUUAAUAGAGUGUAACAGAUACAGUUUUAAAUUUGUGUUGUGUAGUUGCAUAUUUGAAAUGUUAACUCAACAUCACCGGUCCUGUGUAGGCUGCUGGUAAGUCAUGUACUGCACGCUUAAUAACCACGUGAUGAUCCACAAAAUGUUUCUGUUCACAGCUUCAUGUCUGUAUCAUGGUCAUUUUACUGUCGGCUCCAUAAAUAUAUGUACAAAACAAAUAAAAUCACUGUCUGUUCA